UCCCUCCCCCCGCGGAGCCAGGGAAGGUGCGGGGUAUGUGGCAGUCCAGCGCCAGCGGAGUAGAAGUCCGGACGCAGGCAGGCAGGCAGGAGUCCCGUCCUUCCUCACAUCUGGGCUGCAGCUGCUUUUUGAGGACCGCACGCGAUGCCGAACUGGGGAGGAGGCAACAAAUGCUCCGCGUGCCGUGGCACGGUGUACCACGCCGAGGAGGUGCAGUGUGACGGGAAGAGCUUCCACAAAUGCUGCUUCCUCUGCAUGGUCUGCAGGAAGGGCUUGGACAGCACCACACUGGCCAUUCAUGACCAGGAGAUCUACUGCAAGUCAUGCUACGGGAAGAAGUACGGGCCCAAAGGCUACGGCUACGGGCAGGGGGCGGGAACGCUCAACAUGGACCGAGGAGAGCGGCUGGGGAUCAAACCCGAGGAGACACAGACUCACAGACCCACCACCAACCCCAACCCGUCCAAAUUCGCCCAGAAGUUUGGAGGGUCGGAGAAAUGCUCCCGGUGCGGGGACUCUGUCUAUGCAGCUGAGAAGAUCAUGGGGGCAGGAAAGCCGUGGCAUAAGAACUGUUUCCGCUGUGCAAAGUGUGGCAAGAGCCUGGAGUCGACCACCCAGACUGAGAAAGACGGAGAAAUCUACUGCAAAGCGUGUUACGCCAAGAACUUCGGGCCCAAGGGGUUCGGUUAUGGCCAGGGAGCUGGCGCCCUGGUUCACGCUCAGUGAUGGCUCAGCCUGACCACCUGUAUACAUUCCUCUGUCCCACAUGAACGUCAGCUUUUUCCGCCUCUUUACUUGUGUUUUCUACCUUAAAUGUUCUGAUCCUGAAACAGGUGCCGACGAUACGAAUAAACACAUUUACAAACCAAAGCACUCGCUCACAUUUGA